AUGCGUUUGCCUGUAACGCCACGUGAAAGAAAAAAUUCUUUGUUUUGUGACGUCGACUGUGGCUUCACUGUAAUGUUGCUUGGAGAUAGUUGUACGGGCAAAACUUGUAUUUUAAUUCGUUUCAAGGACAACACUUUUAUGAACAAUAAUUUUAUCUCGACUGUGGGCAUUGAUUAUAGAGUUUGGGACACUGCAGGUCAAGAACGUUUCCGCAGCCUAACAGCUUCUUACUACAGAGAUGCCGAUGCCCUUUUGCUCAUUUAUGAUGUAACUAAUCGUGCAAGUUUUGAACAUAUAAGGGAUUGGCUUGCCCAAGUUAAAGAAUAUGCAAAGGAUGAAGUUGCUUUAACUCUGGUUGGGAAUAAAGUGGAUUUGGGACAUCAAAGGAAAGUUAGGGCAGAUGAAGGACGACAACUUGCAAAGGUUAUUUGGACGGUUUUUGAUUAUGACAUUCCUUUCAUCGAGACAAGUGCAAAAUCUGGCCAAAAUGUGAGCGAAAUGUUUUUUGACCUUACAACAAGGCUUUUAAACGCUGUUGAGGCAAAUAAAGAAGGAGAAAAUGAUGAAAAAGAAAGAAAGGCAUCUGUUUUGGAAUUGAGUGCAGAAAUUAAUGGAAGGCAUGGAGACGGUAAUUAUUGGCGAUUUACGAGUUGUUGUGGAGGGGGAAAGGCUUAAAAAGUGUUUUUUUAAAUUUUUUUGAAUUUAAAAUUGAUUAAUAAAUUUGGGAUGUGAUCAAUUUAAAAAAUUUUUGAAGGUCAAAUUUUGGGUACACCCCAAGGCACUGCAAGCCCUCGGUACCGCAGAGAGAGAAAGAGAGUUGGACCCUGCUCGUCGAGCCGCAGCGGACCAUACCAGGGCGUCCCGGAUUCGACCAAUUUGA